GACCGAGAAAAUCUCGCGUGGCUGGCUGCGUUCUCUCUCCACCUCCACUUACCAGCAGCACCUCUCUCUUCCUUCUUCCCCCACCUCUUCACUUCUCUCUCCCUUUCCUGUGAGUGCGCGAGAGAUCUCCCGAAACCCGAGCGAGGCGCUCCCGGAGACAUCAGAGAGGCGAUCUCCUCCUAAAGCGCGACAUGGCUACAAUCGUGACCUGCACCAGAUUUACAGACGAGUAUCAGCUGUACGAAGAGCUCGGGAAGGGUGCCUUCUCUGUUGUUCGGCGAUGUGUAAAGAAAUCAACAGGCCAGGAAUAUGCUGCAAAGAUCAUCAACACAAAAAAGCUGUCAGCAAGAGAUCAUCAGAAGCUGGAGAGAGAAGCUCGGAUCUGUCGGCUCCUCAAGCACCCCAACAUAGUGCGCCUCCAUGAAAGUAUCUCAGAAGAAGGCUUUCAUUACCUGGUCUUUGACCUCGUGACUGGUGGAGAGCUUUUUGAAGACAUUGUCGCAAGAGAAUAUUACAGUGAAGCAGAUGCAAGUCAUUGCAUCAAUCAGAUCCUGGAAAGUGUCAGUCACAUCCACCAGCAUGACAUUGUGCACAGGGACCUCAAGCCAGAGAACCUGUUGUUGGCCAGUAAGAUGAAGGGGGCGGCAGUGAAACUGGCUGAUUUUGGCCUUGCCAUUGAGGUGCAGGGAGACCAGCAGGCUUGGUUUGGUUUUGCUGGCACUCCUGGAUAUCUGUCCCCUGAAGUUUUAAGAAAAGACCCCUAUGGGAAGCCAGUGGAUAUUUGGGCCUGUGGUGUGAUCUUGUAUAUCCUCUUGGUGGGUUACCCUCCAUUCUGGGAUGAAGACCAGCAUAAGUUGUACCAACAGAUCAAGGCUGGAGCAUAUGACUUUCCAUCACCGGAGUGGGAUACCGUUACUCCAGAGGCCAAAAACCUCAUUAACCAGAUGCUGACCAUCAACCCAGCAAAGAGGAUCACAGCUGACCAAGCGCUCAAGCAUCCGUGGGUCUGCCAACGGUCUACUGUUGCCUCCAUGAUGCAUCGCCAAGAGACCGUUGAGUGUCUGCGCAAGUUCAACGCCCGCAGAAAGCUGAAGGGAGCCAUUAUUACCACCAUGCUGGUGUCCAGGAACUUCUCAGUGGGUCGGCAGCACACCGCCCCAGCCACCCCCACCACAAGCACAGCUGCACUGGCGCAGGAAGCAUGCAAAAGUUUACUGGGCAAGAAGUCUGAUGGAGUGAAGCCACAGACAAACAACAACAAAAACAGUGUAGUAAGCAGCAGCACCAAAGACAGCAGCAUAUCAUCCACUGCACCAAUGGAACCACAGACCACUGUCGUGCACAAUCCAGCCAAUGGCACGAAGGGGUCUACAGAAAGCUGCAACACCACAGAAGAGGAGGACAUGAAAGGUAGGAAAGCAUCGGUGGGCGGGGCUAGUGAUGACAGUGCAGUGGUCAGCCAAUGCAGUGCAUCUGAGGAGCCAACUCCUCAGUCUGAGGCUCCUCCUCCUUGCGCACCUCUCACCGACCCACCACGUGAUGUUAAGCAUGUUGAUUGGAGCAGUUCAGGUCAAAACUCCUGCCCUGAUUUAGAGCCUGCUGUAACUGCUCCAGCCUCCACAACACCAGGGGGCAGCAGUGUGCACAGGCAGACUAAGUCACGAAAGCAGGAGAUCAUUAAAAUCACAGAGCAACUGAUUGAGGCCAUCAACAAUGGAGAUUUUGAAGCCUACACGAGGAUCUGUGACCCAGGCCUGACCUCUUUUGAACCAGAAGCACUUGGCAACCUGGUAGAGGGAAUGGACUUCCAUAAGUUCUACUUUGAGAAUUUGCUGAGUAAGAACAGUAAGCCUGUGCAUACAACCAUUCUGAACCCUCACGUGCAUCUUAUUGGAGAGGACGCCGCAUGCAUCGCCUAUAUCCGACUGACGCAGUACAUCGACAGUCAGGGUCACCCGCGCAGCUGCCAAUCAGAGGAGACGCGUGUAUGGCACCGCCGAGAUGCCAAGUGGCUCAAUAUCCACUUCCACUGCUCUGGAGCACCUGCCGCACCUCUACAGUGAAGCACAUAGGGCAGAGCAUGCUGAAAUACUAAAGCUGAUUGGAGCAUUUCUUCUCCGUGCACGUAUUGCCGCCUGGAGCCCGGCCAGAAGAGAACCUCUUGAAGUUUUGAAAACGUGAGAGGAAAAAAUUGAGGCAACAAAGAAAUGUAUUUUAAAAGCAAACUGUGGCCACCACUUCUGUCCAACCGUAGAUGUGCGGCGGGCGGCCAUGGCAGCAGCCCUGCCUUCUGGAUGCUGCAUGCUUCUAAUGCCCACACGGGGCACUGUAUUGUCUUUACCCGUAAUCCCAUAAUCUCUGCUGCCCAACAUUCGGAAAUGGUGUUUUAAGUAUUAAUAUGUUGUAAAAUCUUCGCUUGUGUAAUUAACAACCGAUAGUAAUGGAGGUUAGAAUCUGAAUUUUUUUGGGAAUGAGAGCACGCCUUUUUAGGAGUAAAUGGAGUUUAUUAGAUACUUUUUUUUUUGGUCUUUUUUAUGCAAAAAAUUUAUUGAAUGCCAUAUCAGAGGAAUGUGAAAAUAUGUAAAAUUGAUAAUUAUCAGAAGUUAAAGCACCAAAGUGUAGACAUCUUAGGCUUAUAGAUGAGGAUGUUUUUAAUGUUGCUUUUAUUCUUGGAAUUGAAGAUGAGGGUUGGAAGUUUUUUUUCUGGUGGUCUGUAUUGUUCCUGUUUUUUAUCUCUUAAAUGAUGCUGUAUUUAAAAGUAUUUUGUGUUUUCACGAAAUUUGUUUUAAAGUGGGACAAUUGCGUAAUCGAUAUUUAUAACGAGAAGGGAAAAUACAGUCUGUGGUAUCUGGGAACAGCGAAGGGAGAUAAGUGAGAGUUUGCUUGAAUGUCUGUGUGUUUGUGUAAAUGUCUCUCUUGGGCUUGAUAUGCUUGUUGCCGUGUCGUGUUUUGAGUCGGUCCUUACACGCGUACAUCCUGAACUCAACUUGGAUCGGUUUUCUUGCCCUCCUGUAUGUUUGCACCCCAAACCUCUCUGCUCUCUGAACCUGAAGUUCUUACUUUAAUCGGUGUUCUGGGUUUAUUGAUUGACCAGGGGGCGCUAAACACUACACACAGGCUAGGCUCAUAAUAACUCUCCCCCAGCUCACUCCUUAGGCUUCCAGAUGCUGUGUAUAUCAUUUUUUAGACUAUAAGCAUGUUAAAAAGCAAAUAAAUAUGAAAUGGCCUGUACUGUUUUGCACAUAUGCUUACGACUCUAUGCUGUUGCAGCUUCAGGUUAUGAAAUCCAUCCAUGGGUCCAAGCUCUGUAGGGACACCCAACACUGUCGCAUUUCCCCUCUUUGAGUGUCUGCAAACUUAUUUCUGCAAUUUUUAUUAUUCAUUAAGACUUUAUGGAUUAUGGUUUGCUUAGACAGUGAUCUCCUGGCUGCCUAUAGGCAGAGAAUUGAAUGAAAAAUACAUUGAGAAUGCAGUUUCAGGAGUUUACUGUGGUCCAAAAUUUGUUCUGGUGUUUUUUUGAAUGUUGGUAUUUGUCUUAGAUUUUGUUCUUUUUACAAUAUAACCUGUAAAUAUUAAAGUUAUUGAUGAGAGAUGAAUCGGAUGCUUAGUUGUCGGGUAGGUUUCCUUUUAAUCAAGCACACUGUCACUAAAAAACAAACACAUGCAACUCUCACAACGUUGUGUCUGAUCAACAAAGUAAAGCUAUAUUGUUACAAUUGUCAUUUAUGAUGUUGGUUUGGGUGUUUAAGCACACGGACACAUUGUGCUCCCUUUAAAGUUUGUCUGUGAGUCGGAUCUUGUGUGUGAAUUGUGACGCCUGAGGGGUCUUUGCUGUUCCCCACUUGUACUCUGUGCUAAGCCAGUGCUUGUUAUAUUCUUUUAUUGAAGUUGGGCAAACAUUACACCACAUGACAACUCUGUUAAAAAAGAGGUUUAAUGUGCUUUUACCCGAAGGCAUCUUGUGAGUUUACAGAUGAAACGUCUGAUGUCUGCCAUAUCACCAAACUGUGCUUUUGUCGCUCGCUGAUGCUGUGUGUGUGUCCUGUCUUUGUGGCAUACUUACUGUAAUAAAACAACGGUACCCUUUCCAUCACUCAUAGUGUUUCCUCUCAGAAAAGAGAGCGUCCAAAUUGUUGUGUAGUUUGUUAAAUAAAACAAAACAAACAGAGAGAUUUUCCAGAUGCAGGAGAUUGCAGUUUUGUUGCAUUUUUUAUGAUUGUUAGAUGGACACACGAGCUUUUGUUUGCUGACUAAAUACUUAAUCCCACUCCAACAACCACCAUAUAUGCAGAUCAACAGGCGGAAAAUAUGCAUGUGUAACUUUCUGGUAAUAGUUUUCACUGUAUGUGUUUACCUAAAUUUUUAAAAAAAAUCUGUGUAUGUUACCUGCAUCUUUGAGGUUAAUGAAAUGUGGCGCUGAAAUAUGGUUUCCAGUGCUAAAAUUAAAUUUAGGACAAAAAGAGAUUUAACAGCUUUUGCUUGCUAUGCUUCCCCAUUUUUGUCAGUUUUUUGCAUUGUAACCAUAUAAGAUGGGACUACAUGUGUCUAUACUCUUUUGGAGGUUUAUUUGGAUGCUGGAUUUUUUUGCAUGAUGAUCAUACUAUUAAUAAAACUAUGAAUUUAAAUCUA